AUCCUAGGUUUUGCUCCAGUGUUUCCCAUCCCAGUACUGACCUAAUUUGGAUCUACUGAGAACUUAGGAGGCUCUGAAAAAAAAAAGAGAUUUGCAUUGAUGAAAUUAGCUACAGAGGCUCCUGGGCCUUUUUUCUUUCUGAAAUUGUCUUCAAAUUAGUAGAAGUUGAUCAAAAUUUUGGGCACCUAAAUUCAUUCUCUGGUUACAGAUAUUUUAAAUAAGCUGGCUUCUAUAAGAACUUUAAAAAAAAUUAGUGCUUAACUGGCACCUUUUUCAGGAAGUAAUAGCAUCAAAUAUUGCUGAUUCCUAGGAAAGCAUUUACUACUUGUAUAUAAUUUCUUGAGUUAAAGUAGUCAUAACAGUUUAUAUACAUUAAAAGUAAGGUUUUACUUUUUUAAAAAGUCUUGAAUAAUAGCUACCAUGUAUUGAGUCCUUACGGCCUCCCAGGCACCAUUGUGUGCACUUUAUAUACUUUAUCACAUUUAAUCCUUUUGUCAAUGUUUUGAGGCAGGUAUGAUUCCCAUUUCAUACAUGAGUAAUAAAGAAAAAGGCUCAAGGAGUUUAAUCAUUUACCAGGGGUUUCUUCUGUGAAUGACAGAGCCGGGCUGCGGUGUAGGCUCCUCUAGUCUAACAUUGGUUUACAAUAUUCAAGACGAGUUGAUUGAAUUCAAAGUUUUUUCCAUGUAAAGCUAUUCAUAUCUUCCAAACCUAAUGAAAUGGAUAUUAUAAAAAUAUGGUUGAUGCAUCCUAUAAAUGGGAAGAGUAUUUUUUAGUGUAAUUUUCCAGCAAUUGUAUGGGCAUACUACUUGUCUCAGAAGAAAAUUCCAUGUAGAAGGGUUUUUAAGUCUUUAUGGGAAAAAAGCAAAAUAAAAAUAAUUUUUCUUGUUUUAGUUUUCUGGAUAUGCCGCAGAAGGAUCCGUGCCAGAAACAAGCCUGUGAAAUACAGAAAUGUUUACAAGCCAACAACUACAUGGAAUCGAAGUGUCAGGCUGUCAUCCAAGAACUGCGUAAGUGUUGUGCUCAAUAUCCCAAGGGAAGAUCUCUCGUCUGUUCGGGAUUUGAAAAAGAAGAGGAAGAAAACCUGACACUGAAGUCUGCAUCAAAGUAAAGUUCUGCUGAGAAGUUAAAUGCUGCUCUAUGUUUCCACCAAGAGAAUUUUAUUUAUCUUCCUAACUUUCUUCAGGCCAGGUAGCAGCCAAUAAAAAAUGAAAAAGUCAACUGUAAAAGUUAAUGAAUAUACCAUCUAUGCAGAACAGGCAGAAAUAUAAAUAUAUUAAAAGACAAAUAUGUAGAAUGUAAUAAAACUGAGCUUCUAAAAUAAACUUAAG